AUGUACGGAUACAACAGACUGGCUGGUGCUUGGAUCCCGCUGUGGAUCCCCAGUAAUGGCCUCAAUAUCCUCCCAUCCUAUAUUGACUACUUCCACCUAACUCCCGCGACCACCGGUUUGAACACAGCUUCGCUAUGGAUCGGAGGGUGUAUCGCAGGAGUCACUUGGGGCAAGGUAACAGAUGUAAUUGGGCGCCGGCCAGCCUUGUUUUGGGCUGCAAUCCUCUCUUUGAUCGCCGUGGCACUACAAACCGCUGCUCAAAACAUUACUAUGUUCGUCAUUGCAAGGAUAGUUCUUGGUUUCGGGAUCAAUGCAUCGGGUCUUUCUGGCCCUGCUUAUUUAGCAGAAACGCUUCCUCUUCAUUGGCGCGGCUGGGGGCUAGGUCUAUUCAACGAUUUGUACUACGUGGGUGGUACUACGUGGACUCUUCUUGAUAGUCUCGCAGGGGGUCUUAUCGCGGCAGGAGUAACCUAUGGCACUUCGUUCAUGGAAUCUACCUGGGCAUGGCGUAUCCCUUCUCUUAUCCAGGGUGUAUUCAGCAUUCUGUGCAUCGUCAUUAUCCCCUUCAUCCCCAAAUCUCCCAGAUGGCUAUUGUUCCAGGGACGUCGCGAAGAGGCUCACCAAGUACUUGCCCAGACCUACUCUAAUGGUGAUCUAGCAAGCACUGUCGUUUUGUCUCAGCUCAAGGAGAUCGAAGAUACAUUCGAGUAUGAAAAGAAUGCGGGGGAGACCUUGUCUGUUACCCAGAUUUUCAAAACAAGGACUGCCCGGAAGCGAGUGUUGCUAGCGAUAUCCGUUGCUGUGUUUAGCUCAGUAGCAGGAAACGUUAUUGCUGCGUACUACCUCGGUUCUAUGUUGACUAAUGCUGGAAUAACGAACACGACGAGACAACUUCAAAUUAACAUCAUCCUCAACGCGUUCUGUCUGAUCUGCUCCGUACUGGGAACUUACUAUAUAGACAGUUGGGGCCGUAAAAUGACCACAGUCAUUAGCACAGUUCUUUUGACCAUAUUCUUGUUCCUGGUAGGCGCUCUGACAAAAGUAUUCGGAAAUUCCAAUAACACAUCUGGAGUGUACGGUACUGUCGCAAUGAUCUUCUUGUCCCAAGGCGCAUACAGCUUUGGAUGGACACCAGUCUUGUUUCUUUACCCUCCUGAAGUGCUCAACUACCCUAUUCGUGCCAAUGGCAUGGGUGUAUUCCAAUUCUUCCUCAACGGCGCUGGUCUACUCAUCAUACUGACGAUGCCCAUCGCGCUUUUCAUUAUCGGAUGGAAGACGUACAUGAUAAAUGGAGCAUGGGACAUCGUAAUGCUCAUUGUGAUUUUGUAUUAUUGGAUCGAAACGAAGGGUAAAACAUUGGAGGAAAUCGAUGAGCUUAUUGAGGGGAAGAAACAUAGCGAUGUACCCGAUUUGGAGCAGAUUAUUCGGGAAGAGGCUCGGGUCGAGAAGGAAAAACACUGA